CUGGCCAGGAGACCUCAGCACUCAAACCACCAGCAGUCCACAUGAAAGCUCCGGGAUAUGCAGAACCUUCUUGCAGCGCCUGACCCACCGCCAUGAGGACCUGCCCACCUAGAUUCGGUCGUCUGGACCAGGCCACCCAAUGGCUCUUGCUUUUGGCUGUGUUGGCCUUGUUCCUCUUCAUGCUGCCCUCCUUUAUGACCGAGCCCAAAACAAAACCUUCCAGGAAUCAGCACAUGCUUCACAAGGAGAGGUCUCCAAAGUUGCUCCGCAAGGCUGCAUGGCAGGCUGUCACCGGGCGAGGAGGGACAAUGGCCCCGGGGGUGGCGUCGACGCAGGAAAACAGCACGCAGGCCCCCCGGGCCACGGCCCAGGCCAUGGCCCACGCCGCCCACAACGACACCAGAGCAGAGGCCAGGGGGGCUGCCUCGGCUGAGCUGGCCCCACCAAGGGGUCAGGAGAGGAAGGACACCCUGCUGGACACACGGCCUCCAAGGGCGCAGGACGGGGGGGUGGCCUCUGACGGGGCAGAGACAUUGUCGCUGAGGAGUCAGGACACCAGGACCAUCAAAGGAAGGCAGGACCAGAACAAGGACCCCACAGCCACCAGGACAGAGCCCCCAGAGCCUCAGGGCAAAGCGCGGACCGCAGCAAGGACGCCGGUGCCGGAAAGUCAGGUGGAGGCGCUGACCACACCAGGAGCAGGGUCAAUGGGGAGGACAAUGAAAGGAGUGACCACACCAGUCGUCCCCCACCGGGAGACAGGCCGGGCCACGCAGCCCUCCACCCCUUUCCAGAGCCGAACCACACAGAGAAGCCCAAGUCUUCGGGCCUCCAACUUCAAGUCCGAGCCCCGGUGGGAUUUUGAGGAACAAUACAGCUUUGACACGGGGGCCCUACGGUCGAGCUGCUCCGACUCAGUGAAGGUCAAGGCCUCCAAGUCACCCUGGCUCCAGAAACUCUUCCUGGCCAACCUCACCCUCUUCCUGGACUCCAGCUGCUUCAACCAGAGAGAGUGGGAGCGCCUGGAACACUUCGCACCGCCCUUCGGCUUCAUGGAGCUCAACUACUCCUUGGUGCAGAAGGUGGUGACACGCUUCCCCCCGGUGCCCCAGCAGCAGCUGCUCCUGGCCAGCCUCCCCGCUGGGAGCUCCCAGUGCAUCACCUGUGCCGUGGUGGGCAACGGGGGCAUCCUGAACAACUCCCGCAUGGGCCAGGAGAUAGACAGCCACGAUCACGUGUUCCGACUGAGUGGAGCUCUAACUAAGGGCUACGAACAGGAUGUGGGCACCCGGACGUCCUUCUAUGGCUUCACUGCCUUCUCCAUAACGCAGAGCCUGCUUGCCUUGGGCGGUCGGGGCUUCCUGCACGUGCCACUGGGAAAGGAUGUCCGCUACCUGCACUUCCUGGAGGGCACCCGGGACUAUGAGUGGCUGGAAGCCCUGCUUCUGAAUCAGACCCUGGUGAAAAGUAGCCUUUCCUGGUUCAGGCGCAGGCCCCAGGAGGCUUUCCGGGAACAGCUGCAGUUGGACAGGUAUCUCCUGCCGCACCCCGACUUCAUCCGUUACAUGAAGAACAGGUUUCUGAGGUCAAAGACCCUGGACUCCAGCCACUGGAGAAUCUAUCGUCCCACCACGGGGGCCCUGCUGCUGCUCACGGCCCUUCAGCUCUGUGACCAGGUGAGCGCCUAUGGCUUCAUCACCGAGGGCCACGAGCGCUUUUCUGAUCACUACUAUGAUAAGUCCUGGAAACGAACAGUCUUUUAUAUCAACCAUGACUUCCCGCUAGAGAGAACACUCUGGAAGCGGCUGCAUGAUGAAGGUAUAAUCCGGUUGUACCAGCGUCCCCUAAUUUCUGAACCAAAGAUGUGACCAGAGCCUGGGCCGUAGCAGUCUCUUGGGCCGUUCCAAGGCACGGGGCACGGUGGGAGUCUUGACACUCUACCACCAUUUUCCCAGGGCUCAGGCCAGGCUCCCCAGGGAACCCUGGCACCUAGGGGAAGACGCUUUCAAGACUACAAAUGACUGAUUGAGGCUUUGGGGACGUUGCUGUGGGUUCUGUUCAAAGGAGGGAGGACUCCAGUCUUGAGACCAAGGAAUUUGAAUGAAAUGGGGUGAUGACCGGUCAAUACGCAAAUCUCGUGUGAAUGGCACACUUGACUAUCCAAAAGCUACCUGACACUGGUGGGCGGGGGGAGGGGGAGCCUAUGGAGACGUGUAGAUUUGGUUUCGAAUUACAAAUCUUGUACUUAGCAGCUGUGAAAUCUUGAAGGCCUUACUUAAUUUCACUGGAGAUUGUCUAGAGGACCCUUCCCUCCAGGGCUUAUCUGAUUCUAGAAGAAUCUGCACCUUUCCUUGUCUUUGAGCUCUUUGACAACUCUCUGGGUUGCAGAAAACUGAUAGUAAUAAAAACAAUUCUUGCCCAUGGAGAUGCAAAUAAAUCUUGUACAAUGAAGAUGCAAGUGAUGAUUGCCCUGUGGGCAGUGACCUGUUCUGCACAUACCAGCAAAUUCAUGUUAGUGUUCCUGACUGCCUGUAUGUCUAUCUGUACUUUGGGGUUCUCCUUUGAACCAGUUUUUACAUCUUACUGGUUCCUUCAUUAAUUCAUAAGCUAAAUAAAAUCCUUGACAUGCAUUCA